AUGUCUGUUCAUGAAACCUCAAGCUUCCGUACGUUUCCAGCCUAAUUUUCCGUCAAGAUGGCGUGACCAAUUUCCCGUUAAAGCGGUAUGUCCAUCGGGUUGGCAUCACUGCAGUCAGCUGAUAAACUUCCCCUCUUUAUUAAAUGUGAAAUUUGUUUUGGCGCUUCCGUUUGAAGAAAAUUGACAAAAAUCGACGUUUUACGCGGCUUUGGUAUUUAAUUAUUUUGCAUGCUUAUUUUAAGAGUAAAUUGAAUUAAAAAAUGGAAGCUGAGAAACAACUAGCGGAGGAGGAACAAAUGCCAGAGGCCACCACGGCAGAGUCGGGCAAAAUAAAAGCCAUUGGAAAGGACACCGUACACAGGAUAUGUUCAGGUCAGGUCGUCCUCACAUUGGCAGUGGCUGUUAAAGAGCUUGUGGAAAAUUCAAUUGACGCUGGCGCAACGCUUGUUGAAGUAAAACUGCGCGAUCACGGCUUGGAAUUUGUGGAAGUGAGUGAUAACGGCUGUGGAGUACUUGAACGUGACCUAGAAGCAAUGACUGCUAAAUACCACACUUCUAAAAUUCGAGAUUUUAUCGAUUUACGAAGUGUCGAAACGUUUGGAUUCCGCGGGGAAGCUCUUAGCUCGCUUUGUGCACUCUCUGACUUAGUGGUAGUAACGAGGCAUGGUUCUCAAGAUGUUGGCACACAUAUGGAAUUGGAUCAUGAAGGAAAAAUUAAAAAGCGAACACCCUGCGCACGAAGUGCAGGCACCACCGUCACACUCACCAAUCUAUUUGUCACAUUGCCUGUACGACGCCGUGAUUUUGUGCGUAACAUACGAAAAGAGUUCAACAAAAUGUGCCAAAUUUUACAAGCAUACUGUCUAGUUACGCGAGGUGUGCGCAUAAUUUGUACAAAUCAAACUGCCAAAGGAAAUAAGUUGGUAGUUAUGCAGACGAACGGAUCCCAGGAAUAUCUAGCCAACAUAGCGGCCGUUUUUGGUAAUCGGCUAACAACAGAUCUUCUGCCUUUGAAGUCCAUCUAUAGCAAUGGACAGGAGCUGACUGAGGAGAUUUUACGCGCCGAACUGCAGUUGGAACCUGGAGCUGCUGAUAGCAUGCAAAUUACCGCAGAAGAUAUAGCCCAACUGAAAGCAGCACCAUUUCAAUUGGAAGGUUUUGUGUCCAGCUGUAGUCAUGGUGCGGGACGGUCAUCGAAAGAUCGCCAAUACUUUUAUAUAAAUUCGCGACCCUGUGAACCAAAAAACAUUGCAAAAGUAGUUAAUGAUACCUAUCAUCGCUACAAUGGUCAACAGUAUCCUUUUGUAUUUCUUAAUAUUAUAACAGCACGUUCUGAUGUGGAUGUUAACUUAACUCCCGAUAAACGACAGGUUUUGUUAAACAAUGAAAAAAUCCUGUUAUUAGCCAUUAAGAAAUCUCUCAUCAAUACAUACGGCAACAUACCAUCUACAUAUAAACUUCAGAAUUCAACCAUAGUCAGCAUGUUCAAAAAGGAGAACGGAAAUGUUACAAACGGGUUGAACGAGUCAACCGAAGAAUCGUCAGAAAGUGUGCCAAAGAGUAGUUCGCAAAGGUUCAUGGACGUUUUAUCACAGUGGAAAACAACUGGCGAUACAGUGGGCGUAGCGUCCCGUGUCACUACCAAACGAAAAUGCACAGAUGAAAUCGAGGUGCGCACACUGAAAUUAAAGAAGAUACACGAAUACUUAAAUAGAGAAAAUUUACGUCAAAAUGCUAUGCCGAAAGAGUUCAGUGCGAAAUCCGACAGUGAAGAAGAUGAAAGCGACGAAGUAGCCAAGGACACUUUAAAUGAGCAGAAGUCGCUUGACAACAGCAUACUCGAUUUAGAACGAAUAGGCAAGGAAUCUAAAGAAUUCGACUCGUUGACUGACAAAACUGUGAAACGCAUUGAUUGCAAGGUUAUACGAAUAAAACCAGAGCCAACACUGCAUUUCGUAGAAAAAAGAACAACUUCCGAUUUUGUAGAUGCAAACUCAAACAAUAAUGACAGCAAUGGUGACCGCGCAGAUGACGAUUCUAUGUUUGCCCCUCACUCAUCUGCGAAUACAACUGUAAUAUUAGAUGAAAGUAUAGUUGAUGCGGAAUCUACUGCAAAUUACUACUCCUGUGGAAUUAUGCGCAUCACACUCGAGGAAAUUUCGCAAAAUAUUAAAGCAGAGGAGAAACUAAAAGCUAGAGACCGGGAGUCUAAGAAAGCCAGAUUGGAGCGCUUACGUUUCCAAAGUGAGAUCAAUCCAAGCCAAAAUCAAAAGGCAGAGGAGGAAUUGCAACGCGAAAUAACCAAGGAUACUUUCGCUAAAAUGGAAAUUAUCGGACAGUUCAAUUUGGGUUUCAUUAUCGUCAAACUGGAUACAGAUCUUUUUAUCAUUGACCAACACGCCACCGAUGAAAAGUAUAACUUUGAGAUGUUGCAACGUACAACAGUUUUGCAGUCACAACCUCUGGCUGUGCCACAGCCACUCGAAUUGACAGUGGCGAAUGAGAUGUUGUUGCUCGACAACCUUCCAGUGUUUCAGAAAAACGGGUUUAAAUUUGAAAUCAAUGAAAAUGCACCUCCGACAAAGAAAGUGAAGUUGCUCUGUAAACCAUCUAGUCAACAGUGGCAAUUUGGUAAAGAAGAUAUUGACGAAUUGAUUUUCAUGUUGCAGGAUGCUCCCGCAGGAACUGUAUGUAGGCCAUCGCGUAUUCGUGAUAUGUUUGCAUCGCGAGCAUGUCGAAAGUCGGUAAUGAUUGGCACGGCUUUAAAAACCGCAACAAUGAAGCAAUUGGUUACGCACAUGGGCGAAAUCGAACAUCCUUGGAAUUGUCCGCAUGGCCGGCCAACAAUGCGUCAUCUUAUUAAUAUCGCAAUGCUGCAAGACGACGAGGAAGACGAUAAUCCGUAGACAACCAAGGGUCUUUGUUUUAUUGUGCUUUGUUUUAAAUAAAAAGUUUACGUUUUUAAGUUUUAAAAAUUUACUCGUUUUAU